AUGGCCCCUAUCAACAAGAAGAAGGUUAAGUCCGGUGAGGGUAUCAACUCUCGUUUGGCUCUUGUCAUGAAGUCCGGCAAGUACCAGCUCGGUUACAAGUCCACCCUCAAGACUCUCCGUCUUGGAAAGUCCAAGUUGGUCAUCCUCUCUGGUAACUGCCCCCCUCUUCGCAAGUCGGAGAUUGAGUACUACGCCAUGUUGUCCAAGACCGGUGUCCACCACUACACUGGCACCAACGUCGAGCUCGGUACCGCCUGCGGAAAGUACUUCCGUGUCGGUGUCCUCUCCAUCACUGAUGCCGGUGACUCUGACAUCAUUGCCAAGACUGAGGCUUAA